AUGUCAUUGUUAGACCUCCCACCGGAGCUGAUGGAUCUCAUCACCCGCGCUCUCCGGUCAGAAGCAGAUAUCAACGCGCUGGCUCAAACAAGCCGAGGCUUUUACGCUCUCCUGAACAACCGCCUCUACUCGGUCAACAUCAACAAGGGCGGCUCUGCACUAGUAUGGGCUACCCGCAAAAGACAAAUACCGGCAAUACAAAAACUUCUGAAGAGCGGUGACAUCGAUGAGAUAGACACUGAUCACAUUUUCGAUGCAUUCCUACUCCUGAUCAAGGACAAUGACUUGGCCACGGUGCAAGUCUUGGUUGACCUGGGUUUCGUCCCAGAUAUCCCGGACCUUCUAAUGGUUGCGGUGGCCCUUGGAUAUGAGGAUAUGGUGCGGCUGUUAAUCGCCUCGGGUGCUGAUCCCACUUGCCCCUACGCUCUCGCCCAUGCAGUGGUUUCUGAUAGGGUCUCUAUUGCAAAACUCCUGCUGGAGAGUGAUGCAGAUAGAAACUUUCCGCACGAGGACGAUGGCCAUACCCCGCUCCAUGCGGCUGCUCGCGCUGGAAACGAGACCAUGACCAAACUUCUAUUGGACUACGGUGCCCGCCCAUGGGACCGCACCUAUCAUGGAGAUACCCCCAUCCACAUAGCAAUGGCCGAGGGCCACGACGGUGUUGUGAAGAUUCUUCACGAAGAAGUAAUGUCAACCGAACUACGCGGCUCAGAUGGCCGCACUGUUCUACAUUGUGCAGCUCUUGUUGGCAGCUUGGAUAUGGUCAAAUAUCUGCUGCAUCAUCGCGCCGAUUCAGAAGCGCUCACCGAUGAGCUCGAGACGCCUCUGAUGCUAGCCUCGGGGGCCGGCUACACAGAAGUCGUCAAGUUUCUCCUUGAGAAGGGGGCAUUUACUGAAUCGAGGGAUCAAGAUGGCUGGCGCGCAUUGCAUAAUGCGGCGUGUGGUGGCCGCGCAGAUGUAGUGCGGGUUUUGCUGGAGCAUGGGGUGGACAAGCAGCCCUUGAGCACAUCGACUCCUCCGGAGACACCGCUUCAGCAAGCUGCACUGAAGGGACAUCUGGGCGUUGUGAAGCUUAUGCUUGAAUAUGGAGUUGAGGUAGACGCUGCUGCCCUGGAAACGGCCAAAGUAAAAGGUCACCAAGCUGUGGUUGAGGUAUUAGAAAUUGGGGGAGGUGAUUCCUAA